AGAUUUGUCAUUUGUUUUCUGUGCAGGAACUGACAGAAGAAGGCCUUCCUUUUCUCAUACUUUUCCACAUGAAAGACGACUUGGACAGUUUAGAGAAAUUCCAACAGGAAGUUGCACGACAGUUAAUAAGUGAAAAAGGUACAAUAAACUUCCUCCAUGCUGACUGUGAUAAAUUCAGACACCCGCUCCUCCACAUUCAGAAGACUCCAGCAGACUGCCCUGUUAUUGCCAUUGAUAGCUUUAGGCACAUGUAUGUCUUUCCAGACUUCAGUGACUUGUCAGUUCCAGGUAAACUGAAGCAAUUUGUACUAGACUUGCAUUCUGGAAAAUUGCAUAGAGAGUUUCAUCAUGGCCCUGAUCCAACUGAUGUAGCACCUGGUCAGCCAAUUCAGGAUUUAGCAAGCAGCCCGCCAGAGAGCUCAUUCCAGAAACUGGCACCCAGUGAACAUAGGUACACCUUAUUGAGGGAAAAAGAUGAACUUUAAAAAACUUGAAAUAAUCUUGCAAGCCUUUCAGACAGCAGCAUUGACUUCUGUGUGGUGGAAAUAGUAAACCUAUAUUUUCAUAAUUCUAUGUGUAUUUUUAUUUUGAAUAAACUGAAAAAUAAUUUUUUUCUCCCCAGGCUUGUAAAUACAUUUGUUUGGUGGGUCAUUCUGUACAGCAUCUUUCAAACAGUACGUUCCUAAUGCUAUAGUAAAGUAUCAAAGACCCAUCCAGACUCUUGAUCUAACUCUGUUCUGUAAAACUUUUAUAAUCCGAAUGAAGGUAUCCUUGCCAGAGACAUGCUGUUAACUUGCACUAUCCCAUUAAAUAGGACUUUUGGGUUGUUUUCUGUGUAACCUUGGUAGUAUGUGCUUUUUCUUCUUCAUGUGAACAGCUAUCCUGGUAAUCUAUUUCUUUGUCGCAUUUUUCUCCAACUUAAGAGGGUCUUCUAUUCUGGAUACUUGGGAGGGGAAUAAAUUAAAGUUUUACAGAA